GAAGGAUCAUUUUCACUAAAGAAAGUAGUCAUAAAUAACAUUUUAUUCCCGUUAGAAUGUCGGGAAUUCGUGAUUUUUAUAAAAACCGUUCGAUUUUAAUCACCGGUGGGACGGGAUUUAUGGGAAAAGUUUUAAUAGAAAAGAUAUUAACAUCCAUACCGGAUGUAGGUACAAUCUUCGUAUUGGUUCGACCAAAAAAGGGGCUCAGUCCCCAAGAAAGGAUCGAAGCUAUGUUAAAAAAAGAACCAUUCACUUUUAAUGAUAUCGCCCCAAACCAAUUUAAAAAAAUUAUAGCAAUAGAAGCCGAUACAAGUGUUGAAAAUCUUGGUUUAAACAACACCGAUAGAGAAACAAUAAAAAACCAAGUAUCGGUUGUAAUGCAUUUCGCAGCUUCUAUUCGAUUUGAUUUGCCGCUACUUGAAGCGAUGAAACAAAACGUUUUGAGUCUGUUUAAUAUUUUAAAUUUGUGUAAAGAAAUAAAAAAUAUAGUUUCCAUUAUUCAUCUUUCAACUACUUUUUGUAAUAUCGAUGUGGAAUGCAUGGAAGAAAAAGUUUACGACUUUGAUAAUGUCGAUUCGCCGUUGGAAACUGUAAAAAUUGUAAAAAUGUUUAGUGAAAAGUUUAAAAACGAUGAGGUUUUAUUAAAAAAAAUUGAAAAAAGUUUUAUUAAACCACAUCCAAAUACCUAUACUUAUACAAAACGAUUAGCCGAAAUUGUUGCUAGAGAUAUGGGAAAUGAUUUGCCAAUUAUUAUUGCAAGACCAUCAAUAGUUCUUCCGUCUUAUAAAUUACCAACUCCAGGUUGGGUAGAUAAUUUAAACGGCCCAAUGGGAAUCUUAACUGCUGCUGGUAAAGGUGUUUUAAGGGUUUUAUAUGCAAAUGUGGACACAUAUCCCCAAUUAAUUCCCGUUGAUGUUGCAAUAAAUGGAACGUUAGCAAUCGGUUGGUUAAGAGCGAAACAAAAAUUUGAAGAAACACCCGUUUAUAACAUAACACAAGGGGAUUUGUACAAAAUUACUUGGAGGGAAAUAUCUGAAAAAGCACGAGUUUUAGCCAUUAAAUAUCCUUAUAAAAGAUUUUUAUGGUACCCAAGUGGAUUUGCAACGUCCAGUUUUUGGUUAUACACGAUUCUAAGUUUCUUUUUGCACACAAUACCGGCAUAUUUUGUUGAUUUUUUGUUAGUUAUGUUUUUCCAAAAACCUUUUUUGGUUAAUAUUCAACAAAGAUUAAGUUUGGGUAUGGACCUGAUUGCCUAUUUUACAUUAAAAAAUUUUAAAUUUCUCAAUGAAAAAGUACAAAAAUUACACCUGGUUUUAUCGGAGGAGGAACAGGAUAUUUUCUAUAUGUCAAAUAAAGAAUACAACAUAGAUGAGUAUAUAACAAAAUGCUUUUUUGGAUCAAGAAAAUAUAGCUUAAAAAAUGAAGAUACAAACGACUUAUUAAAAUCACGAAUUAUUCUUAAUAUAUGUUAUAUCAUUGAUAUAUGUAUUAAGAUAUUUUUCGUAUACAUAGGGUUUAAAUUAAUACAAACAUUGCUUUCAGGUUAUAAAUAACUGUAUUUUCAAGGAAAUUAAAUACAAUCAAAAUAAACAUUUAAUAAAAAUUCUUACCAACUA